CACUCCUAGUCCCCAUUCCUUGACUGUUGACGGCUUCGUUGCGCGGCCAGGUACAGCAAGACUCUGGGCGCGCGUGGCGGACAGAGGGAGGAGCAGAGCGUGGUGGGGGUACUUUUAAGCAGGGGUAACAGCCCAUCUCCGACCGGGUGGGGGGAGAGAGAAAGCAGAUAUAAGGCAGGCAGGCAGAGGCUGUCCAACGUCCCGGCGGCUCCCUCUGCCUCCGUAGCCGCAGCCGGGACGCAGCUGGCAACAGCUGGCUCGCAACUUUCCGGACCCCUCGCAAGAAAGCUUAGAUCCGAAUCCAAUGGGCGCUGCAAGACCCUUGGCUUCUGACCAACUAUGAGCCGGCAGCGGCCCUUCUGGCUGCCUCCGCCUCUCUUCCUCUCAAAUCCCUUUUUCCGCAGCCAAGAUGCCGAGAGCGAGAACAGCAGCGAAGACUUGUUUUCAGACUUCGAGGGCUUCGACAACGAGAGCUCCUUCUCCCUAGACGACUGGGACGUGGACGACCUAGACGGUUUCGACAGCGGCGCGCGCUACGAAGGGGCGUCCCAGAGCAGCAGGGUGAGAGCGCUGCUCAUCAUGGCCUACUCGGUCAUCAUCUGCAUCUCGCUCUUCGGGAAUCUGCUGGUCUGCCACGUGGUGGUGAAGAACAAGAAGAUGCACACGGCCACCAGCCUCUUCAUCGCCAACCUGGCCGUGGCGGACAUCAUGAUCACCACCCUGAACACGCCCUUCACUUUGGUAAGAAAUGGUCACUGGAAGGGAACGCUCCCCUACUCACCCAGCCAGCAAGUUGCAGUGAGCAAGAAUAAGUUAUGUAGCUCCUGGCUGCAGGCUUAGAAUCAUAAAGGGCAUAGCACAAAAGGAAAGGGGAUUGGGAGGGAAGAGGGGGAAAAAACUCCAACCCAGAGGCUAGCUCUGAGUUGCAAAGUUCUUAUAAGUAUUCAGUCUGGCAGGGAAGGGCAACACCAGCUGCAUCUUCUCCAGUGGAUGGAUGAGACCAAGCUGGUUUCGCCCUCACCAUGAUGUUGCUCCUUGGGAAGAGUAAUUCCUUUUGUAGAUCUAAAUCUGAACAAGCUAGCAGCAGCUGGGUUAUCAGGUCUUAGAAUUGUUAGCCCACAGCAUUUAACAUUGUGUUGGCUCCCAAACAGGGCUCAGUCCCAAGACAGGAGACAAAAUAACAGGGGCAAGAGUUCCUCUGAUGGUAUGCAGAGUGCCUUCCCUCCUCUUUCCAAAUGGCUGCUCCAAACUGCACACCGAAUCUCUGUGCUGGUGCCAGCCUCCAGCAAAAAGCUCUGCACACCAUGUAAAGCAUAUAAGAGUUAAUCAAUAAUUUUUAUCUGUCUGUGCAAUUGCUCCAAUUUAAGUCUCAAGGUUAAGCAAGUUUAUCAGAAAGUAUUGCAGCACCUUAAAGCUGAUGAAUGUACUGAACAGGCAUAAACUUUUGCUUGUCUUUGCUGUUUUUGCAGGAAUAGACUGAUGGGGGGGGGCAUACCUCUAUCCUAACCAGGAGUCAGUUUCCUUCUUUGAAAGCCUUUGGGGGCUCGCUCGUACCCCUCUUUAAGAAGCCCUACCCCAAUCCCAGAAGCCAAAGGAGAACAGUCUAGUCCAGUGUUUCUCAAACUUGGAUCUCCAGCUGUUUUUGGACUACAACUCCCAUCAUCCCUAGCUUGCAGGGACUAUGGAAAUUGUAGUCCAGAAACAGCUGAAGACCCAAGUUUGGGAAAUACUGGCUCUAGGGUUAUUCAACAAGGAGUGAACAGCAAACUUCAUUUUGAAAAUAAAAUAAAAUGACAACCCCCCUCAGGACCCUCGCACCUCCCAUCCUUCACAACUAUGCCACUUUUUGAGAACUAAGCUCCAGCAGGCUUCUAUUAAGUUUAUUUACUUACUAUAUUUAUAUCCUACCUUUCCUCCAAGUAGCCCAAUGUGUGGACGGACGUAUUCCCAUUUUAUCCUCAUAGCAACCCUGUGAGGUAGGUUAGGCUGAGAGACAGUGACUGGCCCCCAAAGUCCUAGCCCAGGACGCUAACAACCUUACCAACACUGGCUGUCUAGUUCUGGCUAUGGUUCUCAAUUUCUUACAAUGUGUGCAGGUUGUUGGUAUGUGUGUACUGGAUUUCAACUUCCUGCUGUAGUUUUAUCUGCUGGCUGGGCACAGUGUGUCUGUCUAUAAGAACGUAAGAACAGCUUGCCUAUCUAGUCCAACAUCCUGUUCUCACAGUGACCAAUCAGUUUCCUCCUUGGGAAACAUGCAAGCAGGAGUUGAGCACAAGAGCAAACUCUUCCCUCUUGUGGUUUCCAGCAACUGGUAUUCAGAAGCAUUGCUGCCUCUGACUGCGGUGGCAGAGCAUGGCCACUGAUAGUUACCGUAGUAGCCAUUGGUAGUCCUCCAUGAAUUCGUCUAAUCCUUUUCUAAAGAUAUCCAUGUUGGGGGCCAUCACUGCCUCCUGUGGGAGAGAGUUCCACAGUUUCACUAUGUGCUGAGUGAAUUAUCUGCCCUGAAUCUGCCAAUGUUCAGCUUUGUUGGGUGUCCACGAGUUUUAGCAUUAUGAUGAGAGAGGGAGAAAAUCGUUACUUUCUCCAUGCCAUGUGUAGUUUUAUAAACUUCUAUCAUGUCGCCUCUUCCUCACCUUUUCUCUAAAUGAAAAAGUCCCUAACUCUCCAUCUGCUUGAUCAUUCUAGUUGCUCUUUUUCUGAACCCUUUUCCAACUCUACAAUAUCCUUUUUUAGUUGAGGCAACCAGAACUGAACACGGUACUUUGUGGGGAUCAUUGGGGACUCUGCUUUCUCCUUCUCUUCAUUCAGAGAACUGUUAUCUAUUCCUGCUCUUUGCUUCCUGUGACUUAACCAAUUCCUGACCCACAAAAGGACCUCUCCACACUAGCACAGUGUGUCAGAAUGUCUUGGUUUAUAGCGCCAUCAGGGCAGGACUUUGGGGCAGAAGCACUGGGUCCUGCUCAGCAGAAUUGGGGGGGGGGGGGAGGAGAGCAGAUGCAGUUGGACUGCCUUGCCACAUGUUUGGUGUGAGUGAAGUUACACACAUUUAAAAAGCCACCCACCCAUCAUAUGACCAUUAAGUCCUGAGUCUAAAAUUACCAAAGUGCAUUUCUAGGGUGUGCUUAAGCUUCUGUAUAUUUUAAACCUUUUAAACUUCUGCAAAUGCUAUUAUUUUGGAAUGCCGUGUAUAGUCAUGUACAGCCUCCAACUGUGCGAGAGUAUGAUUUCACAGGGGAAUAAGAGGGAAGGUGUACAUUUAUUAUUUAUUUAUUUACAUUUUCCUCCCAACUUUCCUCCCAAGGAGCUCAAGGUAGCAUAAAUGCCGUCAUUCCUUUCCAUGCUAUCCUUGGAACGACCCUGUGAGGUAGGUUAAGCCAAAAGAAAGUGACUGGCUCAAGGUCACAUCUAGUGAGCUUCGUGGCAGAGUGGGGAUUCGAACCCUGGUCUCCCAGGUCUUAGUGCAGCACUCAAACCGCUGCACCAGCACUGGCUGGCCUUAUUUCUCUUCUGGUAAUAAGCAUUUGGAGUUUUUGUUCCUGAUCCAGCAGGGACUUGCUCUGUUCUCUACUGGACCACCACUAUUUGUGCACAAAGUUAAAACUCCCCCCCAGUAUUGGGGCAAAGGAGAAUGUAUACCAUUCACGUCUCUAGAAAAUGAAGGAACUUCCUGUCCCUUCUCAGUGCAACAAAAAUGGUGCUCAGUUCUUUCAAUCAGUUUUCAGUAAUGAUGUAGUUAUCCCACACUUCCUCCAUAGAGCAGAGGGUAACAUACAUAAGUCCCCCCCCUUUCCUUUUUAAAAAUAAUCCUCACAACAAACCUGUGAGGUAGGUUAGGUGGGAGAGAUUGAAGGACUGUUGCUCCAGGUAAAGCAUCUUCCUUGCAAGCAGACGUUCCCAGGUUCCGUCCCCAGCAUGGCCAGGUAAGGGGAGGAGAGACUAUCUCUGGAAACCUGGAGAGCCACUGCUGGUCUAUGUAUACAGUACUGAGGAGGAUGGACCAAUGGUCUGACUUCAUCCAUAAUUUAAAAUAUAUAAAAAAUUUAAACCACUACAGAAUAAAUUAAAACAAAUUAAAACUUUCUAAUCAUCUGGAUAGGCUUGUCUAAAUAAGAAUGUCUUCAGCAGGCACCAAAGAGAGUACAGUGAAGGCACGUGUCUGAUAUCAACUGCAAAUCUAACCCUAAAUCACAUAUUCACCACCACCCACUCUCCUUACUUAAAGUACUUUAGCUUGAUACUGGGCUUGGAGAGGUGUGCAGAUAGAUGACUCUUCUCUGACAGCUCCUGAAACAGCUCCUGACCGAACAGAAGAAACUAGUCGUCCCCCCGUCCCCCAAAGUAAUGUUAGUUUGGGAAAUGUUUUGAAAACACAGUGUACAAUCCACUGGGAAAAUCUCUUGUACCAUCCCAAAUGGAUUGUGGCCCCAUUUCCUCACAGACACUUUCACAAUUGGCCUCAGGGCCAGUCCACCCAUGAGUCAAAGUGAGGUGACUGCCUCAGGUGGCAGAAUCCCCAGGGGCAGCAGAUCCCAAUGCUGAUCUUUAUUCCCCUCUUGUUCCUGAUGUAGAUCUUCACUUAUCCCUUCUUCCCUGGCUGGAAGCAGGGUGCUGUUUUGUACUUCGUUUGAGGUGCCCAGAAGUCUUUGGCUGGCCUUGGUUGGUGUGAUGAAAGUCUUCUGCCCUUGUUUACAACAAUUCAUGCAGUUCAAUGGGAAUUGUACCCUAAAAGGGAAGCUUUGGUAACUCGUUUUCAAUUUUGCAUCUGGUGUGUGUGUAUUGAUGGGGGGUUGUAUGACAGGUUCACCUGUCUGCCAAUCUAUCUCACUAUACAGUGCUCUUGUAAGGAUACACUGAAGAGGAACUAUGAAUCCUAUGUUCCUUGGUCUGACGAAGUGGCUAGGGUUUGAGGCUAAGACCUGGGUUCAAAUCUCCACUCAGCUAUGAAGCUUUCACUGGGUAACCUUGGGGGCUAGUCACACUGCCUAUCAGCCUAACCUACCACACGGGGUUGCUUUGGAGAUUAAAUGAGGAGGAGGCCUCUGAAAGCCCCUGGAGCUCACUGGAGGAAAAGGUGGGAUAUAAAUGCAAUAAAACAAACAAACAAACAAACAACCAACUAGGAGUGCUUCCACAUGGGUGUCUACUGUGGGAUGUGUCCUCAGAUAUGCAAAUAUUUUGUACACCCACAUGGUGUGUCUAUUACCCCCCUCCAAAAAAAUAAUAAUAAUCCAGGUUUGCCCUUUCUAGUAAGAUUCUGAUAAUGUGAAAAAACAUUUUGCCAGCAACCCAUUUACGAUAUCUGAAUGAUCCGUUAUGAUAUUAAGCUCCUGUUUGGGGGAGGGGGGGAAACCCCUUCACUUUAAUCCACAUUUGGGAUGAUUUACAAACUGCCUGCUAUACUUUUCUAGGUCCGAUUUGUUAGCAGAACCUGGGUUUUUGGAAAGCAGAUGUGCCACGUGAGCCGGUUCGUUCAGUAUUGCUCUGUCCAUGUGUCUGUGCUGACUCUGACAGCUAUUGCUCUGGACCGCCAUCAGGUAGAGUAUCGUUUUUUUAAAUCCCAAUACUUUACAAAGAGAAUAUGAAAUCUGCACCAAGAGAAUGCAGAUUCCACAAUCAGAAUUAAUAAUGCACUUUAAAAGCUGGGAGAAACAGAAUGGCCUGCUAAUGGCAGGUAAGAAGGAACACUGAACGUUGCUUGGGCAGGUAGGUGGGACACUGGAACAGUCGAUGUCAGCCUGUGCUGGCCUUCCAAGACAAGUGUAUAAAGGCAUUCUCACGUAUCAGCUGACAGCCAGUUUUUCUGGUGUUUCCCGGAAUGUCUUUCAAACAUAACACUGGCUGGAAUGGGCUUAUGUUGUUGUUUUUUAAAUGGGCCUCAGAUUUGACCAAUAAUGGCUACCAGCCUUGAUUGCUUAAAAAGAGGAUUAGACAAAUUCAUGGAAUAACUACUGCCCUGGCUCCACCGUCAGAGGCAGCAACGCUUCUGAAUGCUACUUGAUAGAGUUGGAACAGAGAGCUGCUCCUGUGCUCAAAUCCUGCUUGUGGGUUUCCCACAGGUAUCUGGGUGGCUAGUAAGAUAACCGGAUGCUGGAACAGAUGAGCCAUGGCCCUGAUCUAGCAGGCUCUUCAUUUGUCCUUAUGUUCAUGAAAUAAUAUACUAAGCAAAUUCAAAGUGGGAGCAAGUAAACAUCACCCAUACUCUGAAAGGGAGAAGCACUUGUGCCCAUAUCUGCAAUAACCCUGCCACCGCCAACCUCAGUUGCAGAGACCAUUUUCAGCAGCUCGCAAGACCUUUUGCAAAAACAAACAAAGCCUCUUUUCACCUCUGUUUUGACUCAGCCCACUUUAUUACAUGAGAUUGAGUCCUAUUGAUCUCCAUAAGACAUAGGAAUAUGUUUGUGAGUCAAGGCCUGUACAGUGGUACCUCGGGUUAAGUACUUAAUUCGUUCCGGAGGUCUGUUCUUAACCUGAAACUGUUCUUAACCUGAAGCACCACUUUAGCUAAUGGGGCCUCCCACUGCUGCUGGGCAAAGUUCUUAACCCGAGGUGCUAUUUCUGGGUUAGCAGAGUCUGUAACCUGAAGCGUCUGUAACCUGAAGCGUAUGUAACCCGAGGUACCACUGUAUGAGGAUUUACAACCUUAUUCAUUCUGUGACUUCCUUAGGUCAUCGUGCAUCCACUGAGGCCUCGAAUGUCCAUUGUGAAAGGAAGGAUCUGCAUUGCUGUCAUCUGGUUAAUGGCAAGCUGUUUCUCCCUGCCCCAUGCCAUCUACCAGAAGCUGAUGUGGCUUUCUAUGGGGUAAGAGAAAUAAAAAAGACACAUCAUUAAAAGGGGCACCCGCUGCAUUAUUUGUCGCUGCAAAUAUUACAAAUGAUGCCUGGAGAGAUGGGAAGGUACUGCAGAGGAAAUUUAUUUGAAGGGUUCAGCUCUGACAAUGCUGCUGCUGUCUUUUAGCUGCUUCUUUAGGUGUCCAUGCUCUACUUGGGAAACAUUCAAACCAUACCUUUAAAACACUGUGAUACCACUUAAACAGCCACGGCUUUCCCUAAAGAUUUAUGGGACUUGGAGUUUGUUUAAGGGUGCUGAGAAUUGUGAUGAGGCCCCUAUUCCCCUCACAGAAUUGCAGUUCUCAGAGUGGUUUAACAGCUGAUCCUUCUUCACAGGGAACUCUGGUACUGUAGCUCUGUGAAGGGAAUAGAGGAUUUCCUAACAAUACUCAGUGCCCUAAAACAAAACAAAACAAAAUUACAGCUCCCGGGAUUCUCCGGGGGAAGCCAUGACUGUUUUAAAUGUUAUGUUGUGAAGGUGGCUUUGGUGUUCCCCAGAACCGCUUCCCUCCCUCCAUACAAAGGCUGAUAAACCUUUUAAAAAAACCCUUCUAAGUUGCUUCCAAAGUUCCCCACUUCCCCUUAGCUUAGAAAGAGACCACACAUUUGGUAAGUUAAAAAUGGCUUCCUUACAAACUCUUCAAAAUGCCAUAUUCCACCAGCAGCAAGAAAGACCAGCAGUACGAUUUACUUCAAAAUUGGCAAAUAUUUAUCAAUAACUAUUUGUAUAAAACACAAAAAUGGCUUGCUUAAGCAACGCAAUCUAGGCUUGGAACAUCCAAAUUAGACCACCUUACUGGUAGGGUUCUCAUAGUGGAAGAGAAGAGAACAGAGAGUUUGGUAACCCUUCCUCCCAAGGUGAGGAGAUGUGACCUAGUAAAGCCUGGUAGCACAGCUUACUUUAUGGUCUUAACCCCUUCAUGCAUUAAUUAGGGUUAAACAUGGUGGUUAUAUGAUGCUAGAUUUAUCACACAGUCCGUCUCCGUCCCCCCGCAACUCCAACAGGUUUGGGAUGAGAGGGCUGUUCUGCCUGUCUAGCCCAACUUAUCCCAUGCAAGAUGGAAACCUGUUUCUCACCUUUUGCCUGAAACCUCUUAAUACCUCUGUUAACAAACUGCAGCUCCCAGAAUUCUCUGGGGGAAGCCAUGAAUGGUUGUAGUAGUAUCAUAGCACUUAAAAUGGAUGGUGUGAACAUGGGCCUAGCUUGCCUAGUCUAUACCAGUCUGGUGGUCUCCUGAUGAUUUGGGCUACAACUCCCAUCAGUAUUGUCUACUCUUCACGGAGGAAUUUGUUCUUCUUCUGUAUUCCAGAAACAGAACGAUUCGUGUGGUCUGCCUCCCAAGCUUCCCCCCUCCAAAAGAUCUUUAUUGGAAGUACCUGGAUUUGACCACCUUCUUUCUCCUGUAUCUCCUGCCCCUGUCGGUAAUCUCCAUCGCUUACACAGUGGUUGCCAAGAAAAUCUGGAUGCGGAACGCCAUUGGUGAUGUGACCAUGGAGCAGUACUAUGCUCACCAGAGGAAGAAGAAGAUGACUCUGAAGAUGCUGAUGGUGGUCGUGCUGGUCUUCGCUGUCUGCUGGUUCCCGUUAAAUUGCUACUUAGUCCUCAUGUCUAGCAAGGCCAUCCAGAGCAACAACAUCAUUUACUUCGCUUUCCAUUGGUUCGCCAUGAGCAGCACCUGCUACAACCCUUUCAUCUACUGCUGGCUGAAUGAGAACUUCCGCUCGGAGUUCAAGUCCCUGCUGCGUAUGCGCUGGAGGAAGAGGGCCUCUGGAAAUCACACCCUGCAGUUAAUAAUGGCCCCUUUCAGGCACACCUGCAGUGAGAAUUGCCCCUGCAAGCAAGGUACCAUUUCAGCAAACAAGAGGUGCAUCCCACAGGAAUUUGGUAUGGACAGAGAUAUCCAAUGUCCAGCCAAUAAUAAUGGGUAAAUGCAUCUCUGGAUCAGCCUGGUGCCCCCCAGAUAUUUUGGGCUACAACUCCUAUUAGUGUGUUGCCUGGGGCUGAAGGGAGCUGUGUGGCAAAAAUACUGUGGGGGCACCAGGCUGAUGAAAGCUGCUCUGGGAGAAUGAAUGGGUUCAGAGGGCUCCCACAGCAUUGUGUAUGGAGCUAGCCAGCCAGUACAACUCUGGGAUAUCAGCAGCUCCAUACACAGAUGCAUGGACUGUUCAGGCAUUUGAGAAACAGAGGCAUUAUUGUUUUUUGGCCUGAACUUAGUCAAUGCACUCUUGCACAAAUCAGUCACAGCUUUAGGGUGCAGCUCUCCAGGAAAGAUGUGGUGAUUUUGGUAGAAGGCAGGCAUGGCCAAACUUGGCCCUCCAGAUGUUUUGGGACUACAAUUCCCAUCAUCCCUGACCACUGGUCCUGUUAGCUAGGGAUGAUGGGAGUUGUAGUCCCAAAACACCUGGAGGGCCAAGUUUGGCCAUGCCUGGUAGAAGGGAUCAUUCUCACAAAGCACUUCUGAUUGUGGCACAGAAGCUACCAUUAGGACUGAGACUUCAUUUUCAAUCACAGGUUAGAAGGUCCCAGUCAGUAAAUUGAUGUAGAAUGCACCGUAUUUUUCGCUCUAUAAGACGCAUCAGACCACAAGACGCACCUAGUUUUUGGAGGAGGAAAACAAGAAAAAAAUAUUCUGAAUCUCAGAAGCCAGAACAGCAAGAGGGAUCGCUGCGCAGUGAAAGCAGCAAUCCCUCUUGCUGUUCUGGCUUCUGGGAUAGCUGCGCAGCCUGCAUUCGCUCCAUAAGACGCACACAAAUUUCCCCUUACUUUUUAGGAGGGAAAAAGUGAGUCUUAUAGAGCAAAAAAUACGGUAUUUCCUUAGUGCCUCGCUUGCAGGCCCAGCUACAGAUGUUUUGCCACCUUAGGCAAAACAGAAAAUGAAGUGCCUGGAGGUGGCAUGGGGGAAGCCCCUGUACAGUGAAGGGGGAGGGGGAGAAAAGAGGCCAGAGAGCAACAGGCAGUGGAGGUGGGUGGAUAGUGGUGAUGAGGAUAACAAGUGCAGGAGGCUGCAAGCAGUGUGCUCCUCAGGGCCCAGAUCUGCCGCCCCUCCUAGCGACCCCCAGCAUGCCACCUGAGGCAACUGCCUCACCGCAGCUUGUGGUGCCUCAGUUGCCACCUGACACCGGUGCAUGUUUUGAAAGUAUUUCCUGGGCUAUUAUUUGCGCACAGGAAUGCAUGCACACAAAAAGCAGCACUGGUGCAUUUUGGACCAAAGAAGGAUAGUUUCACCCCUCCUGAAAAGCAAAAAGCUCUGGUUUGGAUCCAGCUUACAUUUUGGUCAUCAGGAGGAGAGAGAUUGUGAGAGAUGAAGGCAUACACUCCAACAUUUUUGUCCCCAAAAUAGGGAAGUCAGGAGAGGCACACCUUCUGGUCCAGUGCUCUGGGAUCAUCAGCAGGAUCAUGCCAGAGCAUCUUCUGGCCCAGCACUCUGGCACGAACCUGCUGACUGACGCCAGAGUGUCUUUAGGUUUGGCGCUCUGGUGUGAGUACUUGCAUCAGAGUGUUGGACCAAAAAAAGAGGACAUUCCGGGAUCCAAACAGAAGCCAGAAUUGACUUCUGUGAUCUGGGAUGUCCUGCUUAAAGUGGGACACUUGUGGGUAUGAGAAGCUCCUACAUGCAUCUUUUCCUCUUAAACAUUGGGACCUUCAGCAGACCCUCCCUUGUUGAGGCCUGGGAACAUGUUCUUUCUAUACUUUGGAGAUGGAACAUUUUUCCUUUGGAGAGGAAAUCCAGUUUUGCAUUGUCAAAUUUUGUCAAGUUAUCAAAUUUUGGCCUGUGCUUAAAUGGCAGGAUGCUAAACAGAUCUUUGGUGAACAGGCAACUUAUUUCAGUAGGAACCAAGAGGGUGAAUUUGACUGAUGGUCGACGUUAUGAUGGAAUGCCCAUAAUUCAGGAUAAACCUGGUCUUCGAACCAACAAGGUGUGUGUUCAGUAAUCUAGGCUGCAUGGAGGCAUCUUCACAAUGCUGUAGAAGAGAUUGGUUGUUUGUAUCUGGAAGGGGUGCAGGGAGACUGAAUCUUUCACUUCAUCCUUUUCCCUUAACAGCUGGUAAGUGUGAUUUCUGAUUCUGGAAGAAGCCUCUAUUUCUUAAUGUAUAGGGGAGAAGAAACCAUGGAUGCCACCCCUGUUUACAUGCAUGGUUCUUCAUCAAGCCUGAAAUUCACAGGAGUUGCCAGCAGGAUAUUCUGUGCCUGCUACACUGUAGAUAGUUUGGAUCAUCCAACUAGCUCAUGAAACGGGGUACAUGUCAUAUACAAGUUUGUGCCCUGUUUUGUGUGCCUACUGGAAGGCCCCAAAAUAAACCAGUCACUACAAGUGUAUGAUAAACAACAAAAAUGUGAGCAUUUGGAACUUUCCCCAUAAUUGCAUUUCCAUGCUUGAAAGUGCUUAACCUGUUGAAUUGCUGCCUGCCACACAGCUGUUAAAGGUACAAGAACCCUGCUUUCUCCCAGUGCCAACCCUAAACCAUGCCCUGUACAUACAUCAAAGUAAGUCCCAUUGAUCACGGAGACUUAUUGCUGAGUAGACAUGUUUACCAUUCUAUUGUUUGUUAACUAUAUAGUGAAUUUUUAAGAGUGACUGGACUUCAGCUCCUGCAUAGUAGGAGAUAAGCCUAUGCCCUUUUUCUGGACAAAGUUUUCACAUUUUGCUUUUGCCAUUUCAGGGAAGAGCGGUUCUUUGACCUUCACUUGCACUCAUUGUGUGUAAUAGUAUUUGCAGGAAAUAUCUUCUAGGGUGUAUUGUAUCUGAAUCCACUGCAGAAAAGAUGCAUCCUGUUUUUCUAGGAAAAAAGAAGGGCAGAGAAGAGAGAGAGAGCAAAGGACUGGGGAAAGAAAUGAGACCAGGGCAGGAAAAGUGGAUGAAAGUGGAGAGCUAAAGAGCAGCUCUUUAGGUGCCCAAACAACUCACUCAUCAGUAACAACUCUUGACUUUACUCAUCAGCUAAAAACACUACCAGGCAGGCCCACUUCACAGAAAUCGUUUAGAAGGGCACCUAAACAUUUUGCUUUAUAACUUUCAUUCUAGUAGACUAGAGACUUACUUUGAAAUAGAAAAAGAAAAAUGGAAGCCCCAGGGGCUGUGUAUUUUGUACACUAGUGUGCCCUAUACCCACCUCUAGGUGGUGCUUCUGCACAUACUAUCUUUGCGCACAUAUGCUCCCUUGCUGGAUGAAGACACAAGUUUGUGGAUAGAUCAAUGGUUUUCUGUUAACCCUUGCAGAAAGUUAGACCUUACACUGUGGCUCAUCACUUUUGCUAACUGUCAUCCUUUCCUAAAUAAGAUUAAAGUAGUUUCAGAGAAAGAAAUCUUAUUUGGUCCCCCCUUUUUUUUUUACUUCCAUCUGUCUGGUUUGCAGGAACGAGAAUGGCUGUUGUUUUAUGUUUAUAUAUAUUUUUUGAAGCAUUUUUACCUUACUCUUCAGGCAAAAGAAGACCCCUCAGGAUAGUUUGCAAAGAUCAGUAAUAAGACAACUCCUGCCCUCAGGCUUGCAGCCUAAAAGGUACAGCAUAAAAGGAAAAGCGGUUGGGGAAGAGGAAGAGGAAGGGAGGGAAAGCAACACUUGGGGUACUAGUUCUAAAAUACCUUUUUUAAAAAAGAAAAAGUCUAGCUGGGAUGGAGACAGUUCAGGGAGAGAAGGAGAGAGUCCUUCAGCUGAGCUGGUGAAGUGGCUCUGCCCUCUGCUUCAACCUGAUGAAAUGGUUGCUGGUGGAGUCCCCAACUGCCUCAUGUUGUUUUAAAUAGUUUUGAAUGUUGUAUUGUUAUGCUGCAACCUUCCCUAGGACCAUAGAGUGAAGGGCAGGUAAUCAAUUAAUGAUGAUGAUGAUGUUCAAAUCAUGUUCAGUACAGGCAGACCUGUUGCAAGCUCUAGGAUUUGCAGUCAGUUGAAGUGGUUUACUGACAAAGAACUGACAAAAUUUUAAAAUCACAGUAGCAUACAUAACAUACUUUAAAUAUUAUAUUUAAUGUGCAAUAUAUAUCUAUAAAGAGUUAGUUCCGUGAUUUUAAAGAGUCACUUGUAGAACGAACAUUUUUGUGAAAGGAACACAAAAUACAAUAAGAUUUGAACAUUAGGGGGGAAAUCCAGUAUUUCAGAGCCAGCCAGUGCAAGGCAUCGCAAAAGAUCACAGAAUUCUGGGCACUGUAAAAUUCACUUCAUAAAUAGCUCAGGUAGAAAUUUGCAGUUGAAAUUUGCUACUUUUUCAAAUUAAUGAGUCAAAUUAGCAACACUAAUCUGGCAUUUUAAAUGUAUGAAAAUGAGUAACUGUUCAAACAAAACAUGAUUCAUUAUCACUCAUGAAGCAGAAAUUGAUUGCUAUAAGACCAUGAUAUUCCCAGUAUGCGCCAGAUAUUCUUCCUGUUCCAAAAAACCCCAAAGUAAUUGCAGUUAGUAUGAAAUAAUAUAAUUUGGUGAGUCCCAUCUUACCAUGUGCACAAGUUUAAUCAUAUCCAGGGCAUCUCUUCUCAGAGAUCUGUUAACAGAAUUAGUAAAAUACAAACUAAUCUGGAAAACAAACUCAUAUAGAUGUAAUUCUUUAUCAGGUGCAUAAUUUUCUUUAUUUCUUUAGGUGCUGGAAUGGAAACCACAGAUAUGUCGAUUGAUCUCACCACCACUUCUGUAGUGCUGCAACACUGGCCACCACACUCCAAAAAAAUUAAGAACCCAAUCUUCUUUUUUCAAAACACAGCUGUCUCCUACCAUCAGGUGUCUUUAACAACAUUGAAACACACAAGUUCUCAUUAGGUGAGCAGAGGGCUGAUGCCACAGACCUAGCGGCGGAUCUACACUUGUCGUUUACAACUUUAAAAAGUAUUAUUGAAAUGUAACACCAGAGGGUGCUGCAGAGCAGCAAGCCACCAGCAAAGAGAAACUGCCAUUAAAUGUUAUAGAAUGUUAUUUUUAAUAAUGUUUAGAUGAUCAAUGUAGAUCCAGCGCUAGAACCCCACCCCAGCUGAUGCUCUUGUCUAGAAGAUCUUAGAUCAGUGGUUCCCUGAGGGUGGUAGGAUUACCUAGGGGGUGCCAAGAGGCAGGGGAACAGCACACAGUCAGUGUAGGUGGGUCACUCUGAGCGCAUUGAUUGCUUCUUUACGAUUGACCAGGCUAGAGUCUAGAGUGAAAUACCACCCUUGCUUUUAGCUUAAAGCUCUACUGCUCUUGUCGCUUUCAAAGCUAUUUUGUUUGGUCACUUUUGUAUGUACGAUUCUUGCUGCUACAAGAUAGCCAAUUAUUGGUAAUAGUUAUUUAUUUUCUUAUAAAUUAGUUACCGUGCAUAUGUGCAAGGUGAAGGUUUGUGUGUGUUUGGUAAGGAGUAAUAUAUAAACAUUUUAUGCUAUAGAUUUCCUUCGUCAUGCUUUUGUUGGUAACAAUGCAUAGAAAUAUUUCUCAUGAAAUAUUCAUUGCUGCAUAUUCUUGUUUUAGCCUCAAGAAUAGAUCAGAGCAUAUAUUUGUGUUGUGUCACAAACUCAUGAUUGUAAGCCCAUCCAUCAUAUUAAUAAUUUACUGAAGUUGUGAAGUAGUUACUAAAUGUUGUAUCUAAGACUCUUGCUAAAUGACAAUCAGGCUCUGAAAAGCUGUUAUCACUGGAUCAAGUUAAUCAAUAUUGUGAAAUUGUUUUUAAUUGGAUCGUGAAUAAAUGUGCAAUUGAA